GGCUAAAUCACGGCAGCUUUUGUCACACUGGCUGCUGCCCCUCACCGCUGCUAAACACCGUAUUGUAAUAAGGAGACGAAGAUAGAGUUUACAGUUUGCUAUGAAGUAAAUACUUAAAUAUUAUUGGAGAGUACACUUAUUAUUAGCACAUUUUAUAAGAUUAUGCAGAGUGAUAUAGUUGUGCUGUCAAUGUGAAAAUGUAACAUAGUCUUUCAUUUUUGGACAUUUUUACAUAGAUUUAUUAAAUUUUGAAUAUGAACCACCAAAUUGAGAAACCUAGUGAAGAAGGUGGGGUGAAACUACCGGAGGAGGCGCGCACGUUGACGAAAAGAACGGCGGAGUUCGCCGACCUGACUGGACUCCCAGACGACCAAUCCAUCCACCUGGAGGAGAACGGCAAUCUCAGAUCCAUGGAAGCCCAGAGAAUGCUGCUAUCACAGAGAAGGCUGACGGAAUAUAUAGUAUUGAGCGAGGAGACGACCUGUGGCAUCGGCUGCUGCAAGGGUAGAGUCCUUCAGAGGUUCGCGAACAAGAAGGCCUACGUCAUCCUCUACGGCAUCCUGGGAUGUAUCUUCUCCGCCUCUUAUAGCUACUUCAACGGCACCAUCACCACUCUCGAGAAACGCUUCAAGAUACCCAGCAAGACCACAGGUAUUAUCACGGUAGGGAACGACAUCAGCCAGCUGUUUGUGUCAGUGGCUCUUAGCUACUAUGCUGGGAAAGGACAUCGGCCCCGCUGGAUCGCUCUGGGAGUGUACACAGUCGUGGCAUUCUGCCUCAUGAACGCCUUGCCUCAUUUUCUGUAUGGUCCUGGGGUCGAUGCCCUCUCACUCACUGUGGAGUAUGGUGGUCACUUCGAUGGCAACGUCACAGCAUCUCUAAUAGAGAAACAAAACCGUAAGAUUCUGUGCCAGACUGCCGGAUCUGCCGGAUGCGAAGCAGCAGAUGCCAAUAUGGCACCUCAAAUCAUAUUGUUUUUCGCCCAGCUGAUAUCGGGAGUAGGUGGAUCUCUUUAUUACACUCUUGGAGUCUCGUAUAUGGAUGAUAACAUCAAGAAAUCCAAGACUCCAGCUCUAGUCAGUUUUUCCUACUUCCUGAGAAUGUUGGGUCCUGCCAUAGGAUACGCUUUAGCAUCAUUUUGCCUCAAACUCUACAUCUCUCCUUCAUUGACACCAACUAUUGGGAUGGGAGAUCCAAGGUGGCUGGGAGCUUGGUGGCUUGGAUGGUUAGUGCUGGCUGCCCUACUCUUUAUGUUCGCAUCUCUGUUGGCAUUGUUCCCAAAGACACUGCCGCGCGCAGCCGCCAGGAAGAAGUUAGCCACUGAAAAGAAAAAUUGCGAAGAUUUUGAGAUUAAACCAGCUGAUCCUGAAAUGCCAGCAUCUUUCCAAGAUAUGAUGAAAACCUUCAAGAGGCUGAUGACCAACCCCACUCUGAUGUGCAACAACUUUGCUGCUAUUUUCUACUUCAUGGGCUACAUGCCAUAUUGGAUAUUCAUGCCAAAGUAUAUAGAAACUAUGUACAAACAAUCAGCCUCGGCGUCGAGCUUCAUUACAGGUACGGUCGGGCUGGUGUUCUCUGCCUUCGGCAUCCUACUCUCUGGACUCGUGAUCUCCAAAUACAAGCCCCGAGCCCGGUACCUGGCCGCUUGGAACGUGGUGGUUGGUGCCAUCUCCGUUAUCGGCAUGAUCUCCUAUGCCUUCCUCGGUUGUCCCGUCAACGACACCCAGGGUGCCAUCCUUGCAACUGGAGAGCUGCAGACCACGGCCCCCUGUAACGUGGACUGCUACUGCGACUACGUCAAGUACUCCCCGGUCUGCACCCCUGACGGCCGCACCUUCAUCUCCCCUUGCCACGCCGCCUGCAGGAAUUACUUGGCUCUGACCAACGGGUCCAAGGUGUAUACGGACUGCGCAUGCGCCCCCCGACCUGCCUCCCCACCACCACCCACAGCAGAAAUGCCACCUCUGGCCGAAGAAGGGUUGUUGGCAGGUGACACUGAUGACUUCCCCUGGUACAUCACAGCUGGACCUUGCCCAGUCGACUGCACCACCAAGUUCUACAUGUUCCUUGCUGUCGUUUGUAUGCUUAAGUUCAGUGGCGCCACCGGUAGAGCCUCCAACUUCCUCGUGUCUGUAAGGUGUGUCGAAGAGAAAGAUAAGCCAAUCGCUAUGGGAUUUGGGCUCAUGCUGAUGAGCAUGUUUGCUUUCAUACCCUCGCCUAUUCUCUUUGGCUAUUUCAUUGACAAGACGUGCCUGGUGUGGGGCAAGACGUGUUCAGGGACUGGGAACUGUUGGCUUUACAACGCCGAGUCCCUGAGGUUCCUGCUUAACUUCACAGCCACAGGUUUCGUCACAAUAGGAACAGUUUUCGACGCUGGGGUUUGGUAUUAUGUCAAAGAUUUGAAAAUCUUUGACGAAGAGGUCGAAAUGGAAGUAAUACCACAAAGGACGAAGAUCCCAAGAAAAUAGUGAAUUCUGUGUUAAAGCAACAGUUCCUUCAAAAAAAGUACUUAAAAGACCUCUUGGAAAAUGUCAAAAUACAUAAAAAUUAUCUCAUAUGUACAUACCAUAAGCAGUGUAUAAAGUGACUUAGUUGUAUAUUAUUCAUUAUUUAAACGAUUCGGUACCCAUCGACAACAGGUAAUUAUGUAAAAGAGUGAUCAUAUUUUCUAUAAAUCAGUUAAACAAGAAAUAUUACAUCUACACAAUGACAUUAUCUCUUUAGAUAAAGUUAAUAUUAUUUACCUUAUGCAUCUUUUCAUAUUUAUUAGGCAAAUAAUUAUUUUUAAGUGUAAUAAAUAGCAUUUUUACCAUUUGUACAUUGUGUAAUAAAUAUUUAUUAAUUAAAUAAUAGUAUUUUAGAAUAGAACUAAAUCUAUUUUAUGUGGAAUACAAUUUUCAUUAACUCAUGUGUGAUUACCAUUUCAUUCAUGUUUGUGACUAAAUAAUUAUCACCCCUAGCAUUUGUACAAGUGAUAAAUUUUGAGCUAAUUAAAUUUUUGACACGUAAA